CGCUGAACACAGACGCGUCUCGCGUGUUGGCCCAAAAAUCGAACUGAAAAUUCUGAACGGAAUACGAGACCUUCUCCAAGUUGAAGUGAAACAUUGCCGGAUAAUACAAAACACAAGAGUUGAAAUACCAAGCAAAAUAUUUGCCACAUCACACCAAGCAACCGAACCGAAUCACGCGCCGUGCAAAACCAAUGAAUGUUUUGGAAUAUAAUAUCUGUGCUCAGUGAUAUACCCCAAAAAAGUUUUCAAAAAUCAAUCGAAAUUCUUUAAGCUAUCCAUUGGAAUAAUUGGCUCGAAUCUGAUCUGAUUAGCUACCCAAAAGACAAGCAGAAACAGUUUAAGCUAACCACUUGACAAAUAUCCGUUGGAGUAUAAGAGCAGAAAAGCGGCUACAAGGCCGCCAAUGAAGGCUGUCCAGAUGACAGCGAUCGGGCAGCGAAUUUGACACGCACCCAAAAACUUCAAAGCGACUCGAAACCGAACCGGGAAACCCUACACAUAUAGAUAAUCCCCCGCAGCCCCGAAGAUCGAGGCGGUUGACCCAUACCACACCCCGUCCAAAUCACACGAACUCAAUGUGGAAAAUGCUGGAUAUGAUGGAACUGUCCGAGGCCGAGCUCUUCAUGUUCGACUGCGACGACUGCUCGGGCACGCCCCUUGCCCCACCGCCCCAGUUCCUCAUCCCGCCGCCACCGAGGCCGCCGGCGUUGGCCGAAUUCACGGUGGUGCCGCAGGAUUGCAACGAGGAGCAGUUGGCCCAGCAACAAUGGGACAGCGAUGUCUGCCAGGCAAUGCCGAUCUUGGAUGCCAGCCUGUACAGCAGCCAGUCGUUGGCCACAUCGGCCAUGAUAGCCGUGUUCGCGCUGUUCUUGGUCUUGAUUGUCCUCUUCUCCUCGCUGUUCAUUUGGAAAAACAAGCGGAAGGUGCAGAACCUGCUGCCCUGCAAGACGCCCACCCGCGGCCCCCUCAACGGAGCCAUGCCCCUGGGCGGCGGCACCUUGGGAUCGGCGCACCAUCAUCACCAUCACGGGAUGUACGAGGAUCCGGAUGCGCACUUGGGUCACCACAGACCCCUGGUGAUGCAUCGGCAUCACCACCAGCAGCUGGCCCACCAUCAUCACUAUCAGCAGCAUCACUCCGAGCUGCUCCAAGGCAAGAGCAUUCACUAUCCCAGCGGCUAUCCCAUGACGCGUUCGCCUCCGUUUUUGGUCAGCUCCUCACCUGGUCCCGAUCCCUAUCGCUCCAACGACAAUGUCUACGAGGAACUGGGACCUGGACGCGUGGAUUCCGAUGGUGAAUCGGAGCCACCACUGCAUUCCGAUGAUGAUUUCGCCGAGGAUGAGCUGUCGCUGCCAGGCGAAUGCAGUUUCCAGAAGGAAACCAAUCUGCCAGCCGCCGCCGGUGCCACGCCCUACCACGAGAGGGCGGCUAGUACCAGCACGGGAGCAACAGGUGGCGUUGGAGCGAGUGCCACAACAUCCUCCAGCCUGCAACAGACGACCCAAGAGCGCCACAGUGUGCUGAGCAGUGGCUCCUCGACGGGUCAGGAUGCCUCCACGGCCACAGCCUCCUCGGCCAGCAAUAAUAAUCACGAGUUGACAGCGGGCUCCAGCAAUCGGCGCACAGCUCGCACGCGACAAAGCCGUGCAGCCCAGAACCAGAACCAGGAGCAGGAUCUCAACAACAGCAGUUCCACGGCGGAUAUAGCCGACUUGGCACCGCUCUACGACAACCGCAGCAAUCUCAUGUCCCUGGGCUACAUGGCCCGCUCGACGGCCCCGCAGUUCUACAACACCCUGGAGCACGAGGUGGAGCGUAGGAAUCGGAUUAACGCCCAGCUGAGUAAAGUUCCAGUGCCUCCACUCUCGACAAUCUACAGGGAACGCAUCCGGUAUCCCCAAGCCAGCCAGCAGUAUCCGUCGAGUGCGGCCAGUGGCUUGAUGGCGGCCACCAUGAGGGCGAGAACCCAGCCCAGGGUAUUGGAUCGUCGAUUGGCACCCCAUCAGCACCAGCACCAUCGCAUCCAUGCCGCUCCCAUGGCCCAGGAGCCGUCCUAUUGCUAUGCGGAGCCCAUGUACAACGCCAACUAUUACUACGAAAGUGCUGGUGCCGCCCGCCCCUAUGCCUCCACCUUGCUGCCCACUGCCGGCGACUACAGGCAUCCCUAUGGGGACUCGAGCUUUGGUUCCGAUUCGGGAUACAGCCACCACACGCCUGCCAGCUCGAUUGGGCGACAGGAUUACGACCUCGCCGAGCCACAGGUGCUGACCCAACCGAAAGCGAGCAAGCUGAGUUCGGCCCUCAACUUCAGUUGGAAUCGUAACUCCCGGAGCAAGGCGACUCCUGGUGGGGCCAUGCCGAAGACCUCGGGGAACAGCAGCAACAGCAGCGCCACCAGUCCCAACAACAACAGCAGCGCCUGCUCCACCGUCACAUCUCAGUUGGAGAACAACAAUGCUGCGAGUCUCUCACCAGCGUAGAUAAACUAAUGGCAGAUAUCCUAUAAAAUAUAUCCUUGUAAAUAGGGGCUUUAAACCUAAAAAGAAUAAACCCUUGUACAGUUAGUCAUAUCCUAAGCUAAGCACACUAAAUAUCAAAACUGUCCUGCGUGUACAUCGUCAAAGCAAUAGUUAUUUAACAGAUAUACUAAACUCUAUGCAGAGAGCCCAAAGUUUCUUGAUAGCACUGUCAAAGAGGGUUGCCAUACCACCAAGUUUGAGCUCUGUUUCAAAAGCAAGAACUUGUCGCAAAGCAAAGAACUUAUAGGUCAUAAGUGUUUUUCCAAUGUGAUUGCCAAAUUCUACAUUAUAAUCCUAAACUAAACUAAAAACUGCGAAACUAAUUUAUAAUAUAGUUAUAUUUAAUGUAUGUCCACUAAGUACUCUUAAGUUUAACUUUAGUUUUGUUUGUUAUUUUAGUUUUUAAGUGAAGUAUAAAAAAAAAUGCGUUGAACAGAAGGUCAACAAAAAUAUACCAAAAUAUUUAAAAACAAAUGAAAA